GCGCGCGAGCGUGCGCGCGCCCGCAGGUGCGGGCGUCGUGCGUGCGCGCGCGCGCGGCGGCGCAGAAAGCGGCGCUCGGAGGCUGAGGAGGCUGAGGCGGCUGAGGCGGCGGCGCCGCGGCUCCUCGGCGGCUCCUCGGAGGCUCCGGCGGCUCCGGCUCCGGCUCCCAGCGCUCCUCCGCCCGGGCCCGCCAGCCGGGCCGCUCCCGGCGCCCGGAGAUGCCGGCCGUGUCCAAGGGGGACGGGAUGCGGGGCCUGGCGGUCUUCAUCUCGGACAUCCGCAACUGCAAAAGCAAAGAAGCAGAAAUAAAGAGGAUAAACAAGGAACUGGCGAAUAUUAGAUCGAAAUUUAAAGGUGACAAGGCUCUUGAUGGCUAUAGCAAAAAAAAAUACGUCUGCAAGUUGCUCUUCAUCUUCCUGCUUGGCCACGACAUCGACUUUGGACACAUGGAGGCCGUGAACCUGCUGAGCUCCAACAGAUACACGGAGAAGCAGAUCGGCUACCUUUUCAUCUCCGUGCUGGUGAACUCCAACAGCGAGCUGAUCCGCCUGAUCAACAACGCCAUCAAGAACGACCUGGCCAGCCGGAACCCCACCUUCAUGGGCCUGGCCCUGCACUGCAUCGCCAACGUGGGCAGCCGGGAGAUGGCCGAGGCCUUUGCCGGGGAGGUUCCUAAAAUCCUCGUAGCCGGAGACACCAUGGACAGCGUGAAGCAGAGCGCCGCCCUGUGCUUGCUGCGCUUGUACAGAACAUCCCCCGAUCUCGUUCCCAUGGGCGACUGGACGUCCCGGGUGGUUCACCUCCUCAACGACCAGCAUUUGGGUGUGGUAACUGCCGCCACGAGCCUCAUCACCACGCUGGCACAGAAGAACCCGGAAGAGUUCAAAACGUCUGUAUCCCUGGCCGUCUCUAGAUUAAGCAGAAUCGUGACGUCGGCCUCGACGGACCUCCAGGAUUACACCUACUACUUCGUCCCGGCACCCUGGCUGUCAGUCAAGCUGCUGAGGCUGCUGCAGUGCUACCCGCCUCCAGACCCUGCAGUGCGAGGCCGCCUGACCGAGUGCCUGGAGACCAUCCUGAACAAGGCCCAGGAGCCGCCCAAGUCAAAGAAAGUCCAGCACUCAAACGCCAAGAACGCCGUGCUCUUCGAGGCCAUCAGCUUGAUCAUCCACCACGACAGCGAGCCCAACCUGCUCGUCCGCGCUUGCAACCAGCUGGGCCAGUUCCUGCAGCACCGGGAGACAAACCUGCGCUACCUGGCGCUAGAGAGCAUGUGCACGCUGGCCAGCUCCGAGUUCUCCCACGAGGCCGUCAAGACGCACAUCGACACCGUCAUCAACGCUCUCAAGACGGAGCGGGAUGUGAGUGUGCGGCAGCGGGCUGUGGACCUCCUCUACGCCAUGUGUGACCGCAGCAACGCCCAGCAGAUCGUGGCUGAGAUGCUGAGCUACCUGGAGACAGCCGACUACUCCAUCCGAGAAGAGAUUGUGCUGAAGGUCGCCAUCCUGGCGGAGAAGUACGCGGUGGACUACGCCUGGUACGUGGACACCAUCCUGAACCUGAUCCGCAUUGCCGGCGACUACGUGAGCGAAGAGGUGUGGUACCGCGUCAUCCAGAUCGUCAUCAACCGGGACGACGUGCAGGGCUACGCCGCCAAGACCGUGUUCGAGGCUCUACAGGCUCCGGCGUGCCACGAGAACCUGGUCAAAGUGGGCGGCUACAUCCUGGGGGAGUUUGGAAACCUGAUCGCUGGGGACCCAAGGUCCAGCCCUCUGGUCCAGUUCAACCUGCUGCACUCCAAGUUCCACCUGUGCAGCGUCCCCACCCGGGCGCUGCUCCUGUCCACCUACAUCAAGUUCGUGAACCUCUUCCCGGAGGUGAAGACCACCAUCCAGGACGUGCUGCGCAGUGACAGCCAGCUGAAGAACGCGGACGUGGAGCUGCAGCAGCGGGCCGUGGAGUACCUGAGGCUCAGCACCGUGGCCAGCACUGACAUCCUGGCCACUGUCCUGGAGGAGAUGCCACCGUUCCCGGAGCGUGAGUCCUCCAUCCUGGCAAAGCUCAAGAAGAAGAAGGGCCCAAGCACGGUCACGGACCUGGAGGACACCAAGCGGGAGCGGAGCGUGGACGUGAACGGGGGCCCGGAGCCCGUGCCCGCCAGCACCAGCGCCGCGUCUACGCCCUCCCCGUCGGCAGACCUGCUGGGCCUGGGGGCCGCCCCCGCUGCCCCCGCGGGCCCCCCACCCUCCUCUGGCGGCGGGCUGCUCGUGGACGUGUUCUCGGACUCUGCCUCUGCGGUUGCGCCUCUCGCUCCCGGCUCCGAAGACAACUUUGCCAGGUUUGUUUGUAAAAAUAAUGGUGUGUUGUUUGAAAACCAGCUGCUUCAAAUUGGACUUAAGUCUGAAUUUCGGCAGAAUUUAGGUCGGAUGUUUAUAUUUUAUGGUAAUAAGACCUCCACGCAGUUCUUGAAUUUUACUCCAGCACUGAUCUGUCCAGACGACCUUCAGUCUCAUCUGAACCUGCAGACCAAGCCCGUGGACCCGACCGUGGAUGGGGGCGCCCAGGUGCAGCAGGUGGUCAACAUCGAGUGUGUGUCCGACUUCACAGAGGCACCGGUCCUCAACAUUCAGUUCAGGUAUGGGGGCACCUUCCAGAAUGUGUCUGUCCAGCUGCCCAUCACCCUCAACAAGUUUUUCCAGCCCACGGAGAUGUCCUCUCAGGAUUUCUUUCAGCGCUGGAAGCAGUUAAGCAAUCCACAGCAGGAGGUGCAGAACAUCUUCAAAGCAAAGCAUCCGAUGGACACGGAGAUCACCAAAGCGAAGAUUAUUGGAUUUGGUUCUGCGCUUCUUGAAGAAGUCGACCCUAAUCCUGCCAACUUCGUGGGGGCUGGCAUCAUACACACCAAAACCACCCAGAUUGGAUGCUUGCUGCGCUUGGAGCCAAACCUGCAAGCCCAGAUGUACCGGCUCACGCUGCGGACCAGCAAAGAGACCGUCUCCCAGCGGCUGUGCGAGCUGCUGUCGCAGCAGUUUUGAUCGGCGAGGAGGGAAGACCAGGCCGCGCGCUCGUGCGCUUUCUUCGUCUCUGCCCUUGUCUCGGUGACCAUCCUGCACAUAAGCACCCUGUCCGCGUCCCGCCGUGCACGGCCUCCCGGCCGCUCUUCCAGGCCCAUCCCUCGUGGGCCGCCCAAGAGGAGAGGCUCAGCCCUGCAAGGGCCGAGUCCGGAGGAGGGAGUGUGGACCCUGGGAUCAGUUUUUAUAGAAAUCAAGACAGUUCUGUGGUUAAAUCUGCGAAUUAAAGGGAGGUUAGAAGUUUGA